AUGUCAUCAAUUCCCACACGAGCGCUUCUACCGCUGUAUACAACUCGUCGAAAUGGUAUUCUCCUUACUCAGAGAUUACCACGACCCUUCGCAUAUCGAGAGUUUCCAGUCCCUCUCCGAUCCUUCUCGACCCGUUUCCCUGUCGCGAACAAGCAGACCAGCUCACCAAACGUGAACUCGAAUGAACCACCUCAGUACCCGUCAUUUAAUUUUGAAUCAUUGGGAAUGAGUAAAGGAACGAAAGCAUUUGUCAUUGCAAUCCUGUGUUGCUUUGGGACCAUGGAGACCUGGUUCUGGUGCAAGGCUAUUUGGCGCUGGUGGCAGGGAAAGGCCGAAGAGGUGGGGACAGUUCAGGCAGCGAAGUAG